AUGGAGAAAAUCGCAGUGGACCCGGACUUCUACUCUAUAGCUACUGGCUUUGGCACAGACCCGCAGGAUUUUCAGUCAGAGACCACCUCUAUUGCGUCCUCGAUCGCGAGGGGACGGUUAGAAAACGGCCGAAGAUACCAGGCCACAAAAGAAGAUGAUUACUGGGGACCUUCUGACGAGCAGCAAUUCGAGGCGUUUGAGAUUGGCCAUAUGGUGUUUCUUGUUCUAGAUUUCAACCAGCCGAAUCCUCUUUUCCGCGCCCCUAUCGGCGAUUCACCCAAGCAUAUUCUGGAUAUCGGAACUGGUCAAGGGAGUUGGGCAAUUGAUGUUGCCGAUCGCUAUCCGUCAGCUACCGUCCGCGGCGUGGAUAUUUUCCCCCCGCCAGUGUCAUGGAUGCCUCCAAACUGCGUGUUCGAAGUGGAUGAUGUGCUCCGCGAAUGGACAUGGAGAGACUCGUUUGACUUUAUCCAUAUGCGCCUAAUGUAUGGCGCCUUUCCACCUGAGGGAUGGGACCAGUUAUAUAAACAGGCUUUCGACGCCCUCGAACCCGGUGGUUGGAUCGAGCAGAUGGAAUUUGACGUGCGAGUCUCUAGCGAUGACGAUGCGCCGAGCGAGCUGGACGGUCGCUCAACAUCCAUGAAACCAUGCGCGGCGCAAUUGAGAAGGCCGGAUUCGUGGAUGUGCACGAGGAAAAAGUACAAGAUCCCCUUAGGACCUUGGCCUAAGGAUAAGUUACUGAAGGAGGUUGGACACCUCCAGGAUGCCCACUGGAACGCUGCUCUAGAAGGUUGGGCGAUGUGGCUUCUCACCCACUUUGGGGAGCCGGAGCCGUGGACGAAGGAGGAGGUACAGGUGUUCCUAGCUAAAGUGCGCAUAGAGUUGAAGGACCCAUACAUUCAUGCGUAUAAUCCUGCGCACCGCGUGUGGGCAAGAAAGCCUACCUUGGAUGAAUUGGAAGCGAAGGAGGCAACUUUCAAGGCUGAGACAUCACCGUAA